AUGAUCGGACUACUAGCCCUCACUUCGAUCCCAACGGUGACAGGAGUCUCCCUCGCCUCCAGCGAACAGCGGAAGGCUAACCAGCGCCGCGAAGAAGCCCGGCGAAUGGUGAAGUUCAACAUCUUUGCUGAGUGCGACGGAGACACAGACGAUGACCGCGACCUCAACGGCAUGACAAUCGUUGUAAGAGACGAGAAGGUCUAUCUUGCAGAUCCGAACCCCGCCAAACGUGACCCGCCGGCUUUCCAGGCGCUCGCGUUUUACAUUGAGUACCCCGAGCCAGAAGAGUUGAAAUACCUCAAGCGCGAGCGCGGCUUCGGUCUCCCAACUUACGUUUCGGACAACCCGCCUCUGUUGAACUGGAUCUAUGCCGACACGGUGACUCACGAAUUACGGUAUGGGAAUCGGUCACAGAGUGUGGAGGAGGUCGUUGAGCCUUGGGAUUGGUGUAAAGAGGAGCGAGUGAUUUCUCUUGAAGGGUGGCGAAAGCGAUUCUAUGCCGUUGAAGAAGAGGAGGGGGAAUGGGCCUUAUAUUAUGAUCGCGAUGGCGAUGAACUAGAGUCUGUUCUUGAUGAGCAGGACAUGUUGGAUUGCGCUUUCGUGCCCGUUACUUUGAUCAGGAAGAUCGUUGAGGAGAGGCCUCCCCCUCCCCCUCCAGCUGCUUCCCAGGCACAGGCUGGUCAGAAGCAGGCAGACAGGAAGCAAUGA